AUGCCCGCGGGAGACAGCUCUGCCUCGUACGGUUCAGCAUCCUCGUCCUCGGCCACCUCGUCCGCCUGCGACUCCGACUCUUCCUCUGCCACAUCGUCCACCACCUCGGCUGCCUUCACCAUGGAAUCGGCCGCACACCCUCCCGUCGCCUCGGUCCAGGUCCUGCGCUGCAUGCGCUGCGCCCGCGCCGUCGAGACCACCAGCACCGACGACAUUGCCACGGCCGGCAUGGUCCGCAUCUCCCACAACCUCUACUACUGCGAGCGCUGCGCCAAGGCGGUCGGCUACAAAUAA